AUGGAGCGAGUUCAAAUCGAAUUCAGUGGAAUCCAAAAAGUGACUGGAGAUCCUCUCCCUUUUGCAAGAAGGUACUCUCUUUCUUCUGUAUUCUCUGUUUGUGGGUGUGUGACUGUGCUGUUGUCAUUACUGUUUUAUGAAUAUCUGUUUGUUUUUGAAACUGCUUUUGCUAUUUCGGGUGGCCCAUGCUUUAAUAGCUAUCAGUUGGAAGCUUUGGAGAAAGCAAUUAAGCAGAACACAAUUGUGUUCUUGGAGACCGGUUCCGGGAAGACUCUGAUUGCUAUUAUGCUUCUGCGUAGCUAUGCGUACCUUCUCCGCAAGCCAUUGCCAUAUAUUGCAGUUUUCUUGGUCCCGACUGUUGUUUUGGUCACUCAACAAGCUGAAGCUGUGAAAAUGAACACUGAUUUGAAAGUGGGCAAGUACUGGGGAGAAAUGGGAGUUGACUACUGGGAUGCUGCUACAUGGAAGCAGCAACGGGAUGAGUAUGAGGUGUUGGUAAUGACGCCUGCUAUCUUACUUGAUGCUUUGAGGCGUAGCUUUUUGAAACUUGACAUGAUAAAGGUCCUGAUAUUCGAUGAAUGCCAUAAUGCGAGAGGUAGACACCCAUAUGCCUGCAUUAUGAUGGAAUUCUAUCACCGUCAGUUAGCUUCAAAUCAUUCUCAGCUUCCUAGAAUAUUCGGGAUGACUGCUUCCCCCAUAAAAGCAAAAGGUUCAAGCUCAGGAUCGAACUACUGGAAACAGAUUAGUGAACUUGAGAAUCUUAUGAAUUCUAAG